AUGGAUCCAUCCAAGAUCAACACGGAGCUUUGCCCUGUUUACGCCCCAUUCUUUGGCGCUAUGGGAUGCACUGCUGCCAUCGUCUUCACUUGUCUCGGUGCCUCGUACGGAACCUCCAAGUCCGGUGUCGGUAUCUCAGCCAUGGGUGUCCUCCGUCCCGAUCUCUUGAUCAAGUGUGUUAUUCCCGUCAUUAUGGCUGGUAUUAUUGCCAUUUACGGUCUUGUCGUCAGUGUGCUCAUCUCCGGUGACAUCAAGACACCCAUGUCUCUUUACGCUGGUUUCAUUCAGCUCGGUGCCGGUCUCUCGGUCGGUCUUGCCGGUUUGGCCGCUGGUUUCGCCAUUGGUAUCGUCGGUGACGCCGGUGUUCGUGGUACCGCUCAGCAGCCCAGAUUGUUCAUCGGUAUGAUCUUAAUCCUCAUUUUCGCCGAGGUUUUGGGUCUUUACGGUUUGAUCGUUGCACUUAUCCUUAACACUCGUUCGCAAGACGACCCCUUGGGAUGCAUGCUCAAGUAA